AAUUGCCUCACUUGUCGAGUUCUAAUUCUCUCAUCCCUUCCCCACGCGCGCGACCAUGCGUCUCAUCGGUCUCGUCGGCCUCAUUGGCCUCGCCAAUGCGGUCUGUCCUUACAUGACCGGCGAACUCCGUCGUCGCGACGACUCCGAUGCCUCAGAAGCCACCGAAGAAUUCCUCUCGCAGUACUACCUUAGUGACAACAACACCUACCUGACCUCCGACGUGGGCGGCCCCAUCGAGGACCAGAACAGUUUGAGUGCCGGGGAGCGUGGUCCCACCCUGCUCGAGGACUUUAUCUUCCGCCAGAAGAUCCAGCGCUUCGAUCAUGAGCGGGUCCCCGAACGUGCCGUGCACGCCCGUGGUGCCGGUGCUCACGGUGUCUUCAUCUCCUACGGUGACUUUUCCAACAUCACAGCCGCCUCUUUCCUAGCCAAGGAGGGCAAAGAAACCCCCAUGUUUGUGCGAUUCUCGACUGUCGCUGGGAGCCGUGGCAGCACCGAUCUGGCCCGGGAUGUACACGGUUUUGCGAGUCGUUUCUACACGGACGAGGGUAACUUUGACCUCGUCGGAAACAACAUCCCCGUGUUCUUCAUCCAGGAUGCGAUCCAAUUCCCCGAUCUGAUCCACGCGGUCAAGCCCAGUGGCGAUAACGAGAUCCCUCAAGCUGCCACCGCUCAUGAUUCGGCCUGGGACUUCUUCAGUCAGCAGCCCAGCGCCAUGCAUACUCUGUUCUGGGCCAUGGCCGGACACGGUAUCCCGCGCUCUUUCCGUCACGUUGAUGGCUUUGGUGUGCAUACCUACCGGCUCGUGACGGACAGCGGUGCGUCGAAGCUGGUUAAGUUCCAUUGGAAGUCGCUGCAGGGCAAGGCCAGCAUGGUCUGGGAGGAGGCUCAGCAGGUGUCUGGCAAGAAUGCGGACUUUAUGCGCCAGGAUCUGUGGGAGGCCAUUGAGGCGGAACGGUACCCUGAGUGGGAGCUCGGUGUGCAAAUCAUGAGCGAAGAAGACCAGCUGCGUUUCGGCUUCGACCUGCUUGAUCCCACCAAGAUCGUGCCCGAGGAGUACGUCCCCAUCACGAAGCUGGGCAAGAUGACCCUGAACCGCAACCCGCGCAACUACUUUGCGGAAACUGAGCAGGUCAUGUUCCAACCCGGCCACAUCGUCCGCGGCGUCGACUUCACGGACGACCCCCUCCUGCAAGGCCGUCUGUUCUCCUACCUAGAUACCCAGUUGAACCGCCACGGCGGCCCCAACUUCGAGCAGCUGCCCAUUAACCAGCCUCGAGUCCCCAUCCACAACAACAACCGCGACGGCGCUGGCCAAAUGUACAUCCCACUCAAUCCAAACGCCUACUCGCCCAACACCCUCAACUCUGCCUCCCCCAAACAAGCCAACCAAACCACAGGCAACGGCUUCUUCACCUCCCCCGGACGAACCACCUCCGGCCACCUCCUACGCAGCACCUCCCCCACCUUCCAAGACGUCUGGUCCCAACCCCGCCUCUUCUACAACUCCCUCGUCCCCGCGGAACAACAAUUCCUCAUCGACGCCAUCCGCUUCGAAACCAGCAACGUCAAAUCCCCCAUCGUCCGCCAAAACGUCAUCCUCCAACUCAACCGCAUCUCCAACGACCUAGCCCGUCGUGUCGCCCGCGCCAUCGACAUCCCCCUCCCCUCCCCAGACCCAACCUACUACCACAACAACAAAACCACCGACGUCGGCACCUUCGGAUCCAAACUCAAGAAACUCUCCGGCCUGAAACUCGGCUUCCUUGCCUCCGUCCAAACCCCCACCUCCAUCACCGCCGCAAAAACCCUCGCAUCUGACCUCACCAACGACGAAGUCGACGUGCUCGUCGUCGCGGAACGUCUCACCGACGGCGUCGACCAGACAUACUCCGCUUCCGACGCGAUUCAAUUCGACGCCGUGAUUAUCGCCCCCGGCGCGGAGGGCCUCUUCGCCUCUGGUUCUCUAACUGCACCCCAGCGCAGCGCGAACUCCACCGCCGUGAGCACAUUGUAUCCUGCUGGCCGACCGCUACAGAUCCUCGUCGAUGCAUUCCGGUUCGGAAAGACAGUCGGUGCAGUGGGUAGUGGGAAAGUCGCGUUACGGAAUGCCGGGAUCGAGAGUGAUCGAGAGGGCGUGGUCCUGGGACAGAGUGUCGAUGAGGAGUUCGUGGACGAGGUCAGGGAGGGAUUGAGAACGUUCAAGUUCUUGGAUCGGUUUGCGCUGGAUGAGAAUUGAUUGAGCUUCGGCUUUUUGCUUUGUGGUUUGCUGUUCAGGUGUGACAGCAGCGAAUGAUUACCGGGGUUGGUUGUCUUCUUGUACUUAUUAUUAUUAGCGAGCAUACAUAACUUACAUGACCUCGCUGGGCUGCAUCGGGCCGGUCUUGACUGACUGCUUUGGUGUGGCUAGUGGCGAGGAAUAAUCGAUUAUGAAUUCAAGAAUUAUGUAAUAUUGAUUAAU